AUUCUUGCGGGUCACUGGCAAGCGAGUGGUCAGCUUUAACCAACAGAAGAGCCUAUAGUAUCACUCACAAGAAGCUCCGUCUAGAUGAACUCAGUGCUCAAUCGCGAGCGAUCAGAGGGCGUCUGGUUGGGAAUUGAGGAAGCUGGGCACACGUUCAUUCAGGCUGUCUUUUAAGAUCAAGCGCUCGGCAUCUGCAACUGGGCUAUGUGCAUUUUCCUAUACGUAAGGACUACGUUCAGGUUGAUGGUGCUGCACUCUCUCUCCACUCUGCACAUUUCUUUCGUCCUAUGUCUGAACUCGAUGCCGUCAACAAUUCAGGAUAUAUGCAUGCAGUACAGCACACCAAUGGUCUUGCCCCUAGGACGGAGUUGUUGUUUACCAGGGAGGUACUUCAUGGUGAAUGUCACUACCUCGCAAAUACCACCUCAGAAUGAAGUCACUUCGCUUCAUUGCGAAAGUCGACAACUUGUUGUAUUACAGCUGCUUCAUUUUCACCUCCUAGUCUGUAAAUUUUGACUAUCGCUCUAUUCAAAAGGAUAUCCUAUCGUUGCGUUAAUUCAGCUGUGAUUGCAUAUAGACCUUGUUAUGACUUCAGUAUGACG